CGCGAGCGAGGGCGCAGAGCAGCGCCGCGGAGCGCACGAGCUUAUCCGAGGAGGAAGAACACCUGUUACUGACAGAGCAAGCUGAAGAAGAGAAGGACGCCGCUCUCUGUAGAGCUACACACCUGACUGCACUUAGCCCACACACCCACACAUCCCCACUGUCUGGUGGGACCAUGUGGGUUCUGGAUAAGAUCCGCGGGUCGGUGGAGACCGGUGUGCUGCGACAGGGAGAGAAUGGAGACAAGAAAGGCGUCGCCCCAGGCUACAGCAACGUCCUCACCCCCGACAAGAUCCCAGAUUUUUUCAUUCCCCCAAAGCUGGUCAGCUGCCCUCCAGAGCCUGAGAUCCCUAAUGUGAAGCCCAAAGAGGGGCUGCAGCCGUCCACGUCAGAGCACACCAUCGGCAGUGGGAAGAAGAUCAGCACCCCAAGAAGUCCACGUCUGGUGGCCAAGAUUGCAGGAGACACCAAGAACUUGCUGAGAGCAGCAAACCGCCACAUCAUACAGAUAGAGAGCGCUGAUGAUGUCGUGGCUGGAGACACCAAUGCAGAUCCCCAGUCGCAGACAGCUAUGUCCCUACCUUAUGUUCCCAAGACUCAGACAUCUUAUGGCUUCGCAACCUUGAAGGAAAGCCCUCACACUCGCCGAAAAGAGUCGCUGUUCCACUGCGAACUCACCAGUCCCAUCACCUCCCCAAACACCCAGAGAAAGACCUCGGGGAAAAGCAGCGAUGCAGGAAACCACCUGAAUCCCGCUGACUUCAACACCUCUCACAUGAAUCCUUACCGAUACUUCAGCGGCGGGGAGAGUGACACCUGCUCCUCGGCCGAGUCCUCUCCCUUCAGCUCCCCUCUGCUCUCCCGUUCUGCGUCCCUGCUCAAGAUCUUCACCCAUGAGACGCAGGCCAAAGUCGUGAAAGCCAAGCGGACGUUUGCCCGCCACAGCUCCCUCUCCACCGACGAGUGCAGCUCGGCCGAGCCGAGCCCCAACAUCCAGAGACGGCUCCAUAUCCACGGCGGUGCCGGGGCGUCCGACCACAGCCUCCACCGGGAGCACACCAUCAACCUGCACAAGGGCGGUUCAGUGAGGAUCAGCGCCAACUACGACUCCGGCACCUCCCGCCUGCUCAUCCGAGUCCUGGCGGCGGAGAGUCUUUACGACAAGCACUUCGACAUCAAGAGCAUCAACUGCUGUGUGGCUGUCUACCUAAACCCAGGCAAGCUGCAGAAGCAAAGGAGCAACAUCAUCAAGAACAGCCGCAACCCGGUCUUCAACGAGGACUUCUUCUUUGACUCAAUAAGCUCGGUUCAGGUGAAAAACUUGUCGGUGAAGUUCAAGGUGGUGAACAAAGGCACCAGCCUCAAGAGGGACACGCUACUGGGAGAGCGAGAGGUGCCGCUAACAAAGUUGCUCUCAGGGCUCUAAAGCUGCAGGACCUGGAGGUCGAAGGAGGCAAAAAGCAAGGAUACCGAUUGAAAUUUAAAUUAGAUGUUUGCACUGGUUUCUAUACAAUCUGCUCUUUUCACUCUGUUAGAUUAAAUCUCUGAACACAAAGAUAAAGAGAGAGGAGAAAUGAAGGGUUUCCAAAAGAAAACAGAUUCCUAGAGGGAAGAGAGGCUUUAUUCUCACAUCUGAAAAAAAAAAAAAAAACACUCAAGAAAAGUCUCUUGAAGUCCGAGGCCCAAUGAAGGAUUUGCAGUGGCUGACGUUUUUCUGGUUCCUUCUCCCAAUAAUGAAUGCUUAUUAAACCAAGCUCGGCUCGACAGCCAGCAACAGAUGAAAGCUUGUUUUUUUUUUCUUUCUGGACUUGUCUCUCAGCCAACUUCCUUGGCCAGGUCUGGUUCAAAGACACCUGAGCAUCAACCUGUCUCUGUGUCCUCGUCUGACGCUGUUUUCGUCACAUGUGCCGUGGUUUUACUGCUGCAGUGUGACAUAAAUGCACAGAAUGGGAUCCUACAUUAGCUGCGCGGUGUUCAGCACAAAGAUACCUUUGUGAAUCAGCGCGAGCUUUGAAGUGGCACUACAUCCUGAUGUGCAAAUGACCCUUUGAUCCCAGUUGCCAUGGCCCACCUCCUACAGGGGAGGGCGAGGACAAACAGAGCAGUCACGAUAGUCCCAUUUACACACACAUCAAAAUACAAUUAUAGUGCAAUUGAUAACGCAAGUAAGACUAAAACCUAUGAUUGCCAUAAUCUAAUUUCUGUUAUGCUAAUGAUCUUACUGAAAGAAAAAAAAGUCAAAUGAUAUACAUGCCCUUCAGAAACAUUUUGUCUGUAAAUUAAAGGUGGCCUGUGGAGUGAACAAAACUUAUAUUCCCACCAAAACACACUGUGUGUAUCCUUGAGGUCUCUCCAAUUUGUUGAGUGAAUUUGCCUCCUUAUGACUCAAUUUUAUAAAUGUUUUAAAUCCUUCAGUGUUUGCAUUAGCGUUCACUUGUGAGUGUUCUCGGUGUUGACUGCCCUUUUUGUCGUGUUAUAACCACUAGCUGUCAAUGACAUGAAACCAGUAGCGGGACGAGAACAAAACAGGGGCCCAGUAAUAAAAACAUUGCUCCAUAGCGCUAAUAGUGGUCAGAAACUCCACAGGGUGCCUUUAAAGUUUUUUUUUUUUUUCCUUAAAAUUUCAAAAAUCUUUAUGUGUAGAGGGAAUAUUUGAACGUGUUUCCGAUACAGAUUUUACAAAUUUGUAUUGAUUUUAGAAUAACACUGAGACACUAAUUUCUAGAAACAAUCUUGGAAACAGGUUGAAAUAUUUUUUCUGCACUUGCACGUUUUUUCUCAAAAACAGAGAUAAACUCUUUAGACAGAAAUUAUGUAGUAAGAUGUGAUUUUAUGGAGUGUGGGUUACAUGGAUUUUAAUGUCUUUAAUAGCCACCAGUCAUGUCUUUAACUGCAUGAAAUCCAGCUCACUGAGUUGAUGAAAUGAAAUGUGGAGCACAAAGGAAAAAAAAUGUUUGCAGGGUAUAUGCGAAAAGGUCCUUCAAUUAUUUUACAUAUAUAUAUUUGUUCAGUUGAUAAAAUCUCUCUUCAGCCUUAUGAAGGACCUGUGCAGAUUUUCAAGCCACAGCCAGUCGCACAUGCCUCAUCCAGUGUGGGCACCUUGAUUAAAUCUUGUGCAACUAGGCAACGGGCUCCCACCAAAUAGGUGCGCCAACAUCUUUGCUCUGCAUUCAGACUGGUUGGCAUCACCUCGGCAUUGCUGAGCCAAGUCUCAACACCAGGAACACAGGAGCAGAGAGGAUUUCAAUCAUGUAAUCGGUCAUACAGACACAUGAAAGAUCCUCGGGGCAUUUAAAAUUUCUUUCCGCUCUGCUCCACUGAGGUCCCUCAGGAACAUUUGUUCCCUCAAUUCUUACUAAUAGAUAUCUCAAAAUGUUCAUGCUUCAGCUGAACACGUCAAAUUCUUCUCUCCAACAUUUUAUUUAGCAUUAUCAUUUUAACAGAUUUAAGCCUGUAGCUGUGACAAAGUGCUUUACUUGCUUUUUGGUUAAAUCUGAUAGCAGUGGGACAUGGACCGAGGUUAUUUAAAGUCACACUUUUUAAUCGUAUAAUAAAAUUAAAUACAUUGGUCAUGUAAACAUAAUGUAACACUCAAUUUAUGCAACCGGGCUGUCGCCUUAGUCACAGUAUCGGCAGUGGACAAAUACAGUACUUGUGUGCAUGUAGUUGUAUUAAAUGUCUCACAUGAGAAGAUUAGAGCACCAUAGUCAAAGUGCAGAGUACCAGUUGCAUGGCAUGAAUAUGUCAGUAAUACACUGGUGUUUGCAUGACAUGCUCAAAGUUUAAUGAAACCCUAAAGCCUUACUAUGUAUGUGUGUGUGUGAGAGAGAGCGAUAUAGAGGGAGUGUGUGUUUUGAUUAGCAUGAUAUUUUGUCCAAAGUUGUUCUUUUCUAUGUAGUAUUUUGUAAAAUGCUUUUGGACGGUUUGAAUCGACUGUAAACACGUGUUGGAUUUGUACUGUAUAUAACUACAUAUGUACUAGUUUCUACUCUUGUCAGUGAAGUGCCAAUUAUGCACCAGCGAGUGAGAAGUGCUGAUGAGAGGCAUUUUAAUUAUGUCUGUUUCAACUGUAAUGAAGCCCAGGAGACUGAGAAAGAAAUAUGAGAAACAAGGCAACAAAGAAAACAAUAUUAUGCGUUUUGACAUGAACGGCAGCCCCUCUCCUGUCUCCGUGUACUCUGCUGUCCUUCUGAGGAAUUAGAAGAAAUUACAUAUGAUUGUAGCCUCGAGUGCUCGGAGGAGGGGGAGAGCAGCUGCAGAGUGAAAAGAAGUCGGAGACAUCAGAGUGAUCCAAAUUACUGAGGUUUCUUACACACUGCCCCAAAGCUUCACUUUAACUCUGCUAGGAGGACUCUCACCUGGUGUUUGUAUCUCACUUGUAGCACUGCUGUUGAUAUGCUCUCUAUAUAUUUUAUAUACUGUGACACUGCUGGUUGGCUUUGUGUGACAGUCGGUGAUCUGUUGUAACCCCUGUUGCAUUCGUUUGUCCGAACAUACAGUGCCUGCUCGUUGAGUUAUUGUAUUUUCUACUCAGACUUCCUGAAUUCUACUCAACCCUGGUGUUACCAAACUCUUUUCUGGGGUUUCUUAGCAUGACUUCAGUAGUGUCAGUACUAAAUUUCAGUGAAUUCUUAUUGUGAAGUGGUGGGUCACCUUGUGCUCUGAUUCUAGGUGAGGAUUUGCACAAAUGUUCAUAAUAGUAAUGCACUUAAAGUAUGGGUGGCGUGUUCUGCAAAUUGUCACACUGAGUCCUAUUUUUAUAAGUAAUUGCUUUAACUGUUUACAUGUGGCUAAUCAUUUAAUAGAACUGAAAUGUAGGGUGGAGAACAAUAGGCAGUUAUCAGAAAACCUCUGCAUGGGCAGGCUCACAGCCUAACUGUGGCUGCUUCACAGCUUCACAGUCUGACAAAUGGUAAGACAAAAUGUCCACAUCUGAACAGAACAACCUUAUCAGUAAACAUAUCGGAAGAAAUAUCUGUCAUAGCCGAAGGAAACAGUCAGAAUGAAAUGCCACUUGUUUUCUACUCUUAACUUGACAGGAGUUAAAACCAUUGCUCCACUUUUUUCUUCAUUUGCCACAAGCUUCCAGUGGUUUAAAAAACUUUAGAAAAGUCACAACAAUAUCUGAUAGGAAGCCAGAGUCAUGUUCCAUUUCUGUGCUCUGACCGAUUUCAUAAAAAGGCAGAGACCGAAGACAAAAGUUUAGCCUUUAUAUUUUACAUUUGAGACACAGAGCAGCACAAAGUUGCAUCAUUUCUGCUGCUGUGAACAGGGGAUUUAGUAAAUUGAUUUGUGCAGUUUUUAUUGCUCUUUUUGUCGAUUUUGAGCUGAGCUGGAAGCUUAUCUCUAACAGAAAUAUAUUGGACACUGUUCAAAUCUGAUAAGUUCUGAUAAGCCCACUUGAGAAAAAAGUCCUGUUUUUUCCCCUUGCUGAUUAUUUUUACUAUCUGAAAACACGUCACAUCCUAAUGAUCUAUACAGAAACAGUUAGGUUGUGAGGUGCAGUCAGACUGGAAAUGGAGAGAUAGGCAGCAGUUCAAAAGGGUUCAUCCUCUGUACAGUCAACAUUUCAGACUUGGCUCUUCUUCAUCUAUUUAGGUUCAGUCGAACAAGUCCUGCAAUCUGAAUGACCAUAGGUCCUGAUGCAAACCUUUUCACUCUAUAUACUACGCCACUUAUUGUAACUUCCUCUUUUGCUCCUGUAUUAAAGACUAUGGCCACUAGAGGUCGUCUAACAAUAAAAUGUAACUCUGCCGCAACAUGCUGCUGAGAUCUCCUUCUAUCAUUAGCAUGUUAGCGUUUUAUGUUCAGUCUUUAGUUUUAAAGAGAAUAACUUGCUAUUUUGGGAUAUACGUUGUUGUUUUUUUUAAGCUGAGCGUUAGUUGAGAAGAUUGAUACCUCUAAUGUUAGUAUGCUAAAUAUUGAGCUGCAGUCAAGAAGUGAUUAGCUUAGAUGAGCUAAGCUUAUUACCAUCGUAAAGACUAAAAGCUUGUUUAAUCCUGCACAGAAUAAACUAAAAACAAUAAGUUGAGGUUUCAAGAGGAGUCAUGUGCUGUAACUAAACAUAUUUCCAAAAGGGGUCAAACUAUUCUUUUAAAGGUGUUCUAACAGAAGUGUUAGACGUGUUGGUGGUGUCAGAGAAAAUGUCCAGCAGAGUCAUCCUCCGAGGACCAUGAAUAUGUGUACCAAAUGUGAUGACAGUUCAGUCAAUAUUUCACUCUGGAACAAGGUGUUGAAUACCCAGACUAAUGCCACCAGUGACACUAAAAACAAGUUGGUCAUUUUAAAUGCCAACCUUUAUUUGAUCCAGUGAGGAAUUACCAGAAUUAACUUUCCCAGCAUCCAACUCACUGUGAUAAAAAUCAGUCCUUAUAUCCCAGCACUCAAUAGCUGUUUAAUUAGGUAAAGGGGGGCAAGGCUUGACUGAUGACAUUAAAACUGAGUAUUGAAGAAAGCGUUAGUGUCUGUGUGUGAGUGCUGGUCAGUUGGGUAUUGUAUUGUUUUUUAAAUAUACUGUAUAUAUAUUGAAGUGUCUCUCAAGUCUUCCUGUCUUGACAGGUUCUCUCUGAAAAAUGAAACUGAAAAGUGCCGGUCCGUUACUUGACACUGAAAUCUUUAAUAUCUCUCCAGACGUAGAUAAACAAUGGAGGCUGAUUUCCAUGUGCUGUUGCUGUUCUUGUGUCCCUGGCCUGUGCAGGUAGAUACUUUAAUUCUGUAAUGCUACAACCACUGACAGCUGCUCUGUGGUUACUUACUGUGUUAAUGGGUGUGAAAUACUUUAAUUAAAGGAAAAGUUCC